AUGGACGACCCAUUUCAGUCCACCCCCGUCUCUGGGGUGGGGCUGCGCAAGUCGCGGUCUCGCCCCGACCUGAUGCACCAGCUACCUGCGCCGCCAUCGUCCAACUCGAUUUCGGCGCAGCUUGAGCGCACCCCUUCGCCCGAGCUCCUGACCCCGGACCUCAAUGCUAGUUCUCUCCGCACACACCUCCAGGAGCUUUUGGAGCACAAGUCUGGCCAGCUUGAAAUGGUUGGCACUAUGGGCCAAAAGAUCCUUUCCCAGCAAGCUGAGCUUGAGGAGAGGAUCCAAUCUCUCGGCGACAUGGACUCGGACGCGGACGAGAUUGACGACGACACUCGUGGCAAGCUGCUCGAGCUGCAGGAGGCGAUGAAGGGUUGGGAAGACGACAACCAGGGGAUCAUGAGGGAGCUCCAGGUGCCCAAGUUCUUGGAUACCUCAGUUGCUACCCCAGGAAAGCUGGGUGCCGACGCCGCCGCACCCAGCACCCUUACCCGCCGACAGCGCAACACGGCGCAGCACAGAGCACUCGACAUGGAAUUUGCGACGGAGAUCGGGCAGAACCUUUUGGUCGAAGUUCGCCGGCUGCAAGCCUUGCUAAACGAACGGGACCGUGCUCUUUCCCAAUUCUCAGAGGAGAAAGAUGGCUGGGAAGUGGAACGCCACGACCUCGUCGCUGCUGUUAAAACCGCAGAGGGCACUGCCGAGCGCUACAAGGACGACAACUGGAACCUGGAAGUCAACCUGCAGGAGCUGCGCUCGACCCAUGCCGAUGUCCAGGGACAGUUCACCAAAUCCACCGCCGAGCAGGCGCGUCUCACCAAGACUCUUGCCGCGGUGCGCGAGGCUGCCGAGACCCACAAGUCCGAGGCCGACAGGCAUGCCCAGGCCCUUGAGGAGAUCAAGGCCAAGCACGAGACUGAGAUGGCUCAGGCUCGUAAGGCCUCUGCUGGUCUCGCUCGUGACAAGAGCGACCUCCUCUCCGAGCUCACCGUCGAGCGCAACCGCCAUGUCGCUGCCCUCAAGUCUCGUGCCACGCGUGGCGGCAGCCCUGCCAUCCGCAUUGGCAGCAUGGAGGAGGACAUUGACGAGGACGACGUCUUUGGCGACGCGCUCAGCCCCCGCAAGCGCGGUCCCGGCUUUGACGCCAACGACAAUGCUCUUUCUCCCUCGCAGCUCUACGCUUCCGACUUUGAGUCGCCCGAUAACACGCCCUCCAAGUCCUUCUCGCGCUCGCCCCUCGGCGAAAUGUACAUCAACGAGGUUGACGAGCUCCGUGACUCGCUUGCCCAGGCGCAGGCCGAGAUUGCCCAGCUCAAGGAGGACGCUGAGCGUUCCCGCAGCGUCGAGCAGCCCCAGGCCGUCGACGAGUUUGGCGCUGGUGGCAAUGGCUUCCACGAGGAGACCGUCAAGGGUAUUCGCGACGGCAAGGGAUCCACCCGCGGCCGCCGUGGCCGCGGUGGUCGCGUCGUUGCAACGAUUACUCGCAAGAUGGGCUUUGCCACUGCUGGUUCUGGCAACGUUGCCGACCAGAGCUUCAACUCGGCGUCGUCUGCUGGCACCCCCGACAUGCUCCGCAUCCGCGAGUUUGCUCAGUCCGGUUCUCCCAUGGGCGCUGGCGAGUCGCUCGGCGAUGCUCUGUCCCAAGACAUUUACACCCCGGGCCCCACCCGCACCAUUUCCAACACCACUAGCACGGAGUCGGGCCACUCUGAUUUCUCGGACGAUUAUGACACUGCCACCUCGGACCACGAAGACGUCAACCACGCAGGCGUUGGCCAGACAUUGGCUCUCAGCGACGAGCUUGUUGCCCCUUCCUCUUACGCCGAUGCUUCGGUCAUGACCGAUGACUGGUCCCCGGCAUCGUCUCCCUCGCAGGUCGUCCCUACUUUUGCCCGCAACGACGACGACGGCGAGAUCACCCCUUCGCGUCGCACCCUUAUUCUUCCCGACCUUACUUCUGCCAACAACCGCACCGGCGACGUCCGCACCGACACCGAGGGCGAGACCGACUUUGAGGACGCCCGCGAGACUGUGGGCACCCUCACGCCUCAACAGCUUACCUCGGAACUCCCCACCGACACCGAGGCCUAUGCCACCGCCGCUGGCGACUCAAGCGCCGACGAGGACAGCGACCACCCCAUCUCCACCAAGCGCAACCUCGGCUUUGCCCCUCUCGGUCUCGGCCUCGGCGCUGCUGCCGCGGCUGGCGGUUGGGCUGGUGCCCGCCGCUUGUCUCGCAAGCCGAGCAAGGAGACCCGCGAGCGCAUCGUCGAGGUGCCCGUCGAGAAGAUUGUCACCAAGGAAAUCUUCGUCGACCGCGAAGUGAUCAAAGAGAUCCCGGUGGAAGUCAUCAAGGAGGUCUUUGUCGACAAGAUCAUCGACCGCGAGGUCCCCGUCGAGAAGAUUGUCUACGUCGACCGCGAGGUUAUCAAGGAAAUUCCCGUGGACCGCGAGGUUAUCAAGGAAAUUCCCGUGGACCGCGAGGUUAUCAAGGAGAUCUUUGUCGACAAGAUCAUUGACCGCGAGGUCCCCGUCGAGAAGAUUGUCUACGUCGACCGCGAGGUUAUCAAGGAAAUUCCCGUGGACCGCGAGGUUAUCAAGGAGAUCUUUGUCGACAAGAUCAUCGACCGUGAGGUUCCCAUCGAGAAAAUUGUCACCAAGGAAGUCUUUAUCGACAAGAUUAUCGAGGUGCCCGUCGAGAAGAUUGUCACCAAGGAAAUCUUCGUCGACCGGGAGGUCAUCAAGGAGAUCUUUGUCGACAAGAUCAUCGAUCGCGAGGUCCCCGUCGACAAAAUUGUCACCAAGGAAAUCUUUAUCGACAAGAUUAUCGACCGUGAAGUCCCCGUCGAGAAGAUUGUUACCAAGGAAAUCUUCGUCGACAAGAUUAUCGAGAUCCCCGUCGAGAAGAUUGUCACCAAGGAAAUCUUCGUCGACCGGGAGGUCAUCAAGGAGAUCCCCGUCGACAGGAUCGUCGAAAAGGUUAUCGAAAUUCCCAAGAUUAUCGAGAUCGAAAAGGUCGUCGAACGCGAAAUUGAGGUCAUCAAGGAGGUCCCGAUCGAGAAAAUUGUGGAGCGCAUUAUCGAAGUCCCCGUCAACGUCGACGUCGAAAAGGUCAUUGAGCGCGAAGUAAUCAAGGAGAUCCCUGUCGACCGGAUCGUCGAGGUCGAAAAGAUCAUUGAAAAGAUCGUCGAGACCAAGGUCGAAAUCCCCGUUCAAGUCUUUGUCGACCGCCCCGUGGAAGUGGAGCGCAUCGUCACCAAGACCAUCGAGAUCCCCGUGGAGGUGGAGCGCAUCGUCACCAAGACGGUCGAGGUCCCAGUGGACCGGAUCGUCGAGGUGGAGCGCAUCGUCACCAAGACGGUCGAGGUCCCAGUGGACCGGAUCGUCGAGGUGGAGCGCAUCGUCACCAAGACGGUCGAAGUCCCAGUGGACCGGAUCGUCGAGGUGGAGAAAAUUGUUGAGGUGGAGAAAAUUGUUGAGGUGGAGAAGAUUGUGGAGAGGGUGGUCGAGGUGCCCAAGGAGGUCAUUAUCGAAAAGGUCGUCGAGGUGCCCGCCAUCACGCGCACCCUCGACGCGACCGGCGAGCCAAUGACCCCACCCAACGGGCCCUCGACUCUCUCUGCUGCUGCCUCACCCCGCUCUCCCGACAUCGGCUUCUUCCGCGUCGCGCCCGGCGCCAACUACGACUUCCUCAAGGCCCCGCCUCCUCCUCAUGGCAACCGCCGCAACUCGCCUCCUCGCCACGUCCUUGAGGCAGACAUCGCUGCUGCUCAGCCCCGCUCCCGCGACUUGGCUUCAGCCAACGUCGAUGGCCUCCCCCCUCCAUCGCCUACUGCGGCUCCUUCGUCACCGACGUCCCUGCUGCCGUCGGGCCUGCCUCUCACACCAGAGGUGCCAGACAAGACGCGCCCUCCCAUGAUGCACCUUCCUCCUCCACCUCCCAUGCCCCCACCCGCUGGCACUGUCGUCAAGAAGAUGUCGACGGGCCCCAACCGCCCCACUUCGCCUGUCCCCGACGAUUUCCUCGUUCGUGCCACCUCGCCUGUGAGCAUGAGCAGCGUUCGCCGCUCGGGCACGCAGCGGUCCAUCCCGUCGGCUGGCCAUGCCGUGCGCGCUCCUCUCGGCACCGCGACCAUCAUGGGUCCUCCCACUAUCCUGGGUCGCCAGCCCUCUGGCACUAGCCUCCGCUCUGCCCAGACGCCCAUUGCUGGCCGCGACGCAGGUACUUGGGAACAGUCGCGCGACAACGUGAGGCGCCGUGCCACCACGGUCAUCAACGAAAAUGGGCGCCCCGGCUACACGUCGGCCAACUCGAGCGUUUCAGACCUUCACCAGCGCAACGCGUCGUACUCGUCCGUCGACAGCGUGGCGGCCAGCAAGCCCGCCCGUCGCUCAGCACCGAACGCUGCGACCGACCCCGUGACCAUCCAGGCCAUUACACAGACCAUGAUUGGCGAGUACCUGUACAAGUACACUCGCCGCACCAUUGGCCGCGGCAUGUCCGAGAACCGCCACAAGCGCUUCUUCUGGGUGCACCCGUACACCAAGACCCUCUACUGGUCGUCUCAGGACCCUGGUAGCAGCGCCACCAACGAGUCAAAGGCCAAGAGCGUCUUCAUCUCGGGCAUUCGCGUCGUCGACGACUUCAACGCAGCUCCUCCUGGCCUGUACAUGAAGUCGAUUGUUGUCUCGACCAACGGGCGCGAGAUCCAGUUCACCGCGCCUACCAGGGAGCGCCACGAGUUGUGGAUGAACGCUCUCGGCUUCCUUCUCCAGCACCAGGGCCAAAAUACCGCCAACACGGACAACUUUGCCACCUCGUCGACAAAGGCUAGCAAUGUCAGCAACAUGGCGAGCACCCGUAACCGUCGCCUGUCCGUCAUUCCCGAUGAGCAUGGCAAGCUGCGCUCGCCCACGUCGCGUAUGAGCAUCCGCAGCCUGGGCUCCAACAGUGCCACCCCCAAGGCAUCGUCUUACCCCCGCCCCGCUUCAUCCAUGUCCACCCACUCGCGCAAGCGCGGUGGCACCGUUGCCGACACUUACAUGCGCCGUCACCAGGUCCCACAGCCCCACUUUGGCGGCCACCGCUACAAGGGCGCGUACAAGGGUGCGCCCAUCGCGACCGACCUUGACCCCGACUACGACAUGGCCAGCCACCUCGACGAUGACGACCCGGACGCGUCGUUUGAGGGAUUGGAUAAUGUCCGUGCCUGCUGCGAUGGCAAACACCUCGUCGGCCACGGCCACCACCACGGCCACAGCAGUAACAGCAACCAGGGAUCAUCGGUCCCUCCCACUCCCACAACCCCCAUGCGCGCGCAGACCCCGUCUAUCCGCUCACGCGCGAGCUCCAUCCUCUCGACUGUGCGUCGUUAA